CCUGGGCCUGCUCCAGGCCUGCUCCAGGGAGACCCCAGGGAGAACCCGGGCCAACCCCAGGCCUUCUCCAGAGAGGACCCGAGCCAACCCUGGGCCUGCUCCAUAGAGACCCCAGGGAGAACCCGGGCCAACCCCCAGCCUGCUCCACAGACACCACAGGCCACCCCCGGUGGAGCCAGGAAGGUCUCGGGCCUGGCCUAGGGAGACCCCAGCAGAUGCCGGGCCUGCUCCAGGCCUUCUCCAUGGAGACCCCAGGAAGAACCCAGGCCAACCCUGGGCCUGCUGCAGGGAUACCCCAGGAGACCCUAGGAAGACCCUGGGCCACCCCAGGGAGACCCUGGGCCUACUCCAUAGACACCGCAAACCUUUAGCAUGAAGACCCCAGGCCUGCUCCAGGGAGACCCCAGGCCUUUUCCAUGGAGACUGUAAUCUUUCUCCAUGAUUGGGGAGGUCCCAGGACACCCCAGGGACACCCUAGGCCUUCUCCAGGGAGAACCCGGGCCAACCCCAGGCUUGCUCCAAGCCUGCUCCAUGGACAUGCCAAGCCUUCUCCAGGGAGACCCCAGGCCUACUCCAUGAUGGAGACCACAAUCCUUCUCUGUGAAGACCCCGGGCAUUCUCCAGGGAGAACCUGAGCCAACCCUGGGCCUGCUCCAUGGACACUCCGGGCCUGCUCCAGGGAGGCACCAGGGCAGUCCCAUGCUGGCCCCAGGGAGGCCAGAGCUAAUCAGGGCAGCCUGACUGCUCCAGCAAACCCCGCAUUGAGGCCCCUGGGAUGUGCUCAUGCUGGCUCAACCCAGAGCACCCAUCGGUCUUGGUCCUACCGGCGCUGGCCCUCGGGAGACAGCCCCGUGGCACGCAGCGAUGCUGCCCGGUGCCACCAUCCCCACUGUGGCUCUCUGCAGCACCGGCCACAGCCCAGUGACAUGGAUUCCCUGCACACUGCUGGGAUCCGCUUCGCAGAGGCGCUGCAGGCCGGGCCGCCCUGGCUGGAAAAAUUUUGGAUCUCGGUGACCUCCUUGGCCGAUCCCAAAUGCAUCUUCACCGUCUGUUUCCCUCUCGCCUAUUUUCUGGACCGCAAGGUGGGGGUGUCGGUGCUGUGGAUUGGCCUGGUGUCCGAGUGGCUCAACGUGGUCCUCAAAUGGUUCUUAUUUGGGGAGCGCCCGUUCUGGUGGGUUCAUGAAUCGGGGCUCGCAGGAAAACAGCUGGUUGUCCUGCGCCAGUUCCCCGUCUCCUGCGAAACGGGACCAGGGAGCCCCUCCGGCCACUGUAUGGUCACAGGAGCAGCCCUCUGGCCACUUGUCACCGCUCUGACAGCACUGGCAUCCAGACACUCCAGGAGCCUGGUGGUGAAGAUGAGCCCCUUCGGCGCCUACGUCCUGCUUCUGCUGGCCGUGGGGCUCUCCCGGAUCUUCGUGCUGGCCCAUUUCCCCCAUCAGGUGGUCGGCGGCAUCCUGACAGGGGCAGUCUUGGGUUGGAGGCUGCAGAGUUGCACCCUGGCCACCUGCACCCUGGGCUUCUUCGUGGCCACCGGGCUGGCCCUGCUGCUCAGCUCCCUCGCCCUGCACAGCCUGUUGAUCGCCACUGGCAUCGACAUUGACUGGUCCAUCCGCUUGGCCACCAAAUGGUGCUCCAACCCCUCCUGGCUGCGCCUGGACACCCGGCCCUUCGCCUCCAUUUCCCGGGACACGGGCAGUGCCCUGGGGCUGGGGCUGGCCGCCAGCUUCUCCCUGCCCCAGGGGGCUCGCCUGGACCCCUGGCAGCGUUUGGCCAGCGCCCUGCUGGCCUUGGUGGCCAUACAGGUCCUGCACUGGUUCCUCCAGCCCACAGAUGUCACCCUGUGGUACAGCACCAACUUCUUCAAGUACGCCAUUGGGCCCUGGCUGGUGACGUUUCUCCUGCCCCAGCUUGUCCUCUCCCUCACCCCCCCGCGGAUGUCCCCCCACACCAAUUAGGGGUCCCCACUGUGUGACUCCUGCACACACACACCCCUGCCCCCCCAUCCCUCCUGGCUUUGCCCUUGGCUAUGCCCAUCACCAGUGGCUCCUGGCCUGAGCAUAGCCACCGGUUCCAUGCCAGGAGGACACCCGUUGUCCUUUGGGACCACAGGCCAGUUGUUUAACCCUCGCCCCCCCCAGGGCAGUGGGACCCCCCCCCCGCCCUUCCCCAGCAUGGGGCAGGAAGGGGGUCAGAGCUGAGGGGUGCCCCUGUGCUCAGCAGGUCUGGGGACAGCAUAGGGACAGCCCCAGCUUUGGGGUCACCCAUAAACGGCACUGGUUUCCACUU